ACUCAUUUUCACGUUCUCAAAAGAAACGAAAAAGUUUUUAAAUUUGUAACAAAGUCUAUUCCCCCCCCCCCUCUAGACUUUGUAACUCACCACUUCGGGACCAUCAAUUGGUAUCGGAGCCGGUUUCUCACUAUCUACUUUUAGAUUAACGAGAAGCGAUCAUAAUGGUGAACAAUAUGGAUCACGGUUUGCCCAAGUUUUCUCUUCUAGGUUAUGAUGAUUGGAAGAUCAUGAUGGAAGCACAUCUCUACGCUCUACAUGAUUGCAUGUGGAUGGUGCUUGAGGAUGGACCCUUGAAAAUCCAAAUGGAGAACCCUAAAAGGAAUCCAGCUGCUCCAGAUGUAGACCAGUACAUUCCAAAGCCCAAAGAAAAAUGGGAUGAUAGAGAUUGCAAAAAGCAUAAUCUGGACAACAUUGCCAAAGCAGCCAUCUUCAAGACACUUGAUCCCAUCACCUUCUCCAAGAUUAAGCAUCUCAAGACUGCCAUGAAAAUUUGGCCAGGUCUUGGGAAGCUAUGUGAGGGAUCAGAGGACCUGAGAAAGCAGAAGAUAGAAGUCCUGCUUGAGAAGUUCAAAAGCUUCAAAAUGCUUCCCGGAGAAUCAUUUGAUAUGUUGGAUGAAAGAUUCCACAAAAUAUUGAAUGAUCUUGCCUCACUUAACCACAUUCUUUCUCCCAAAGAAAAGAAUGUAAGGUUGCUGAGAUCACUCCCAACUGAGUGGUACACCAAAACCACAGCCAUGGAAGAAGGAAGAAACCUGGAGAACUACACUGUUCAAGGUCUCCUUGAUGAACUCAGAACCUAUGAGCACGAGCUGAAAAAGAAGAAGGAAGAACAAGUCACUCCCUUCCCCACGGCAUUGAUGACAACUUCAAGAAUUCCAUCAAGUGAAGGGACAUGCACAAGAAACUGUGACACACCUUCCUCCAGCCAGCCAUCAAGCUCAAAAAUGGAGAACUACGAAGAGGAAUUUGCCAUGAUGGUCAAACAAUUCCGGAAGUUCAAGAAGUUCUUCAAGAAGGCUGAUUCAAUCAGAAGGCCAUCCAAGGGAAAGCCACAGGUAAGUGACUCCCCUCCUGAAUCUUAUUUAUGCUAUAACUGCAAGAAGCCUGGCCACUGGAAGUCAGCAUGCCCGUACCCAAAGGUGGAGAAGUACGGAGAAAGAGAAAGGAUCGAGAAGAAAAAGAAAGCAAUGGUUGCUGCUGAAAGUGACGAGUCAUCCAGCUCAAGCUCUGAUGAAGAAGCCCUCGUCUGCAUGGAGCGCAGAGUUGAGAAGUCCAACCGUGAGGAUAGGUGGACUAUGUUAGAAGAUGACACUCUCUGCCUAAUGGCCAAAGAUGAUGCUGAUCAAGAGGUAACCUCACAAACCUCCUGCUCAUCUUCUUAUAGCACACCAACUUCUGAAAAUCUUUUUUACCAGUUCAAAAAGAUGAUGAAAGACUUUGAGGAGAUAAAUCUCAAACACACAUCCUUAACAGAAGAGAACAAACUAUUGAGUGAAGAGAAUCUCAAGAUGACUGAAAGUCGGAAAAGUCAAUUGAAUGAGAUCACUCAACUCAAGACUGAAAAUGAAUCUCUCUCUGAAAAGGUGAAAUCCCUUAACAAAGAGCUAGGGAUACUCAAGUCCCAAGAAGCAGUGAACAAGCUGUUUGAAACGACCAAACAUAAGGGUCGCAAAGGACUUGGGUUUGACUCCUCUAGUUCCAAAAGGAAAGGGAAGACAACUUUCAUCCCUCCUAAACCUACUGCCAAACCUAAUAAGCAGAAAGGGAAGGAAAAGGAGAAACCAACAGAAGUUCCCAAAAAGGAAGCCGCUAAGUACCCAGGUGUCUGGUACUUAGACAGUGGCUGCUCAAGACACAUGACGGGUGAUGCGAGCCUUUUGAGCAAUCUAAUUCCCUAUGAUGGUCCAAGGGUUACUUUUGGAGGAAGCAACGAUUUUGGCCUUACUAAAGGGCUAGGAAAUCUGGUGUACAAGGGACUAACCAUCCAAGUUGUAUCUUAUGUUGAAGGACUCAAUUAUAACCUUCUUAGCAUAAGUCAGUUUUGUGAUAAAGGUUACUCCUUGAAAUUCUGCAAGGACAUGGCAUCUCUCAAAAACAUCUCCACAAAUGAAGUCAGUCUCACUGGGAAGAGAAUUAGAAACAUCUAUGAAGUGAUAUGGAAUGAUGUCAAGGAAGCAUGUCUAAUCAGCAAAGCCCACUCAAAUCCUUCAUCGUCUUCUUCACGAGAAUCUUCUGAUAAAAUUCUCAAGAACCCUAAUUUCUUCAGAUCUUCUCAAAUUUCCGAGAAAAUGAAGAUUGUUGGCGCUAAUUUCCAUUUCCAGAAGUUGGAAGCCAAGUGCUCCUCAUCAACGUUCUAUCAAUCCUAUCUGGAGAUGAUUGCUGCUCAAGAGCUCUCCGAAUUUCUUCAUAUGGAGAUUCGAUUCAAGUAUGAGAAUGAAGUUCUUGAAUUCUAUAAAAAUGGAAAGGUCAAGACUGUCAAAUCGAAGAAGGACCCACAAAGGACGAUUCAAGUCAUCAAUUCCACUGUUGGAGGGACAAAAGUGAAGCUUUCGCAGAAGAAAUUGGGAGAAAAGCUUCACCUUCCCAAUUCUGGAGUUGAAAUUGGGAGACUUCCAGCCAAAAAUCUGGAUUGGAGCAUUAUUGGAAUUUCUGGGCAAAAUCCCUCUGGCCCAGCGAAGAAAGCUCAUCUGAACAACGACUACAAGCUAGUCCUUGAACUGGCUAUCGCAUGCCUCGAAUGUGGAAGUGGAGGACAUGCUGAUGACAUCACCCAAGAGAGGGCCUUCAUCAUCAAUGCCCUCAUUACCAAGUCUAAGGUAAAUUGGGCUGCUCAUUUCUUCAAUUCCAUCUCAAAGCACCUGGGAAAACUCAACCAGAAAUACCUUUGUCAAGGUCUGUACAUUGGACAUAUCUUGGAGUCCUUGGGUGCUGCUUCUGAAGGAAAGAAGUAUGAAGCCAGAUAUUGGCUGUACUAUCUGUCUUCCAAAGGGGAAAACAGAGCUGGUGCUAGCACAACUGCAGAGGAAAGUUCUUCAGACAAUGUCCUUAUCAUGAGUCUGAACAAAUCAGUAAAGAGGAAGCAAGUGGUGUCUCCCUCUCCCAGUGAUGAAGUACCACAGAAUCUUGCUCCAAUAAAUCUUGAAGAAGAAGAAGAAAUCUCUGACCAAGGAGAACUACAAAGGAAAAAGAAGAGGAAGAUCACCUCUCCCUCAACAUCUGGACAUGUCAAUCCGGAUGAGUUGAAGGAGAAGGAACCAACUGAGGAAACCUCUGCUCACAACCGGAGUCCUCAACAACUUGAAGAAGAAAUUCCUCAAGUUCAGAAUUCUCCAACUUCCUCACAACCUCAAGUAGAUGAUGCUGAGAAUCAAUUCUGGCAGCUCUACUAUGACUGGAGAGCUUGGAAAGUUGGAAAUUCAGCAGAACAGUUGCUGAGUUGGGACCAGCAAUUGAAGAAUGAGAAGAUCAUCAAGAAAUGCUUAGGUCUGCCAGUCAACUAUUGCUGUGAGCAAAUCCUGGAUGUUGACUGGGUAUGGCAAAGGAACUAUGAAGAUUUGCAUCUGGAACACUUAGUCACCUCACCAAUUUCAGAGUUUGAGGUGGAUGAUGAGGAUCCUGCAGUAUACAAACCAGUCCUCUCAAAAACCACAAAAGAUCAGGUGGUUCUCACUUCUGAAGCACAAGCUAACUUGGAAACAACAGCUGAGGAUUUCCAAAUAUUUCCGGAAGCCUCAUCUGCCUUUGAAACUAUUCCACCUGAAGCUGAAGUCUCUACACCAAAACAGAACCAGGAAGGAUCAAAUGAAGAAUUCCAGCAACUUCUCCAUUCUGAAGCUUUAGAGAUUCUCACAAAUCCUUGUGAGAUCACCAAUCCUACUGAAGCAGAGAUCCCGGAGGAGUCAACAGAAAAUCUGGAGAUGUCCAAAACUCCAGAAACAAAUGAAGCUCAAGAAGAGCAAGCUGUAGAAGCCCGGAGAAGUUCUGCAGAAGCUGGGAAGGAAACUCAAAUGGCAGAACUGGAGGUCUCCAAAUCUCCAGUAGCCAUUUUUGAAGAACAGAAUGAAGCAGAAGAAAGAGACUCCCUCUCUCGGGAUAUAUCAAACUUCACACUUGGGGAAGCAGAAGAAGAAUCUGAAAGAACCCUGAAGAUCAAUGAUGAAGAAGAUGUACAAGAUGAUGCUGAAUCUCUUCCUAUGCAACUCUUCCAAAGAACUCUCUCUUCUCAUCAGGUAAACAACUUCCAUUUCCAUAGCUCUUCCAUUCCUACUCUUCCGGAUGAGGUACCGGAAAUCUGGACAAAGAAGGUCCAAGGGUUGAUUGACUCAGCCCUAGCAUCUCAACAUGCCUCCUUUAGGCAAGAGAUAGAGCAGAUGGAAGCCAGGCAAAACAAACUGAUCGAGAAAUCCGAAGAAACACAUUGCUCCAAUCUCAAGGAGAUAAGCAAAUCAGUGGAUAAGACUCUAGAGAUCUUAUCUCUAUUGAGUAACACUGUGAGCAACACGAUGGAGACAUAUGCAUCUGAAAGUUAUCUUCAACUCAAGGAGGAUAACAACAUCAAAGAGCAAGUAGCAAAUGUCACAAUCAGUCUACAAAAACAAAUGUCCAUUCUCCAAAUGGACAUCAGAGCAGCUUUGGCAGUGUCUUCAGCAAAUCAAGUAGUAACCAAAGACUACUUGAAGGUAAUCAUUGACAAUCAGAAGGAAGCACACAAACUAUUCAGACUUCUUACCACAAAUUCUGGAAAUCGCAAGAUGGAAGUGGUUCUUCAACAACACAGUCCAUCCUUGAUUCCAGAGCUCUCCAUUGCAGUCAAAGAAGGAGAAGUCUCUUACAUUCCUACGCAUCUAAACUUGACUGAUCUAGUCCUUGAAGCUCAGAGAAGCAAUCCGGAAAACUCAACACAACGCUUAUCCAGCUCCGGAUUGGAUGGAACAGAGGCUGUAGGAACAAUUGCUGCUCACUUCUCAAAUGAAAAUCAAACAGAGGAGAGACGGAACAACAUGAGGCGCGUCAAAGAACUAUGUGGAAACAUGCAAGGCAUCAGGGAGAUUGCCGAAUCUUCAAAGCGCAAGAAGCACUGAAGGCUUUUUUCAUCAAAUCAGGGGGAAAGUAUGUGAAAACAUUAAUUUGCUUUGAUGAAAACACCUUCUUAUUUAAACAUUGCUCUAUUGGUUUAAACAUUGCCUUAAUGUUUCUCUUAAUUGUGCUCACUAUGCUUGAUUAUACCUAUAACCUAAUUCAAGUAUGUUUUUGAGAUUUAUUCUUAGCGCAUACAUUCAGGGGGAAUGUAAUUCAGGGAGAACUUAACUAGUUUUUGGCUAACAAUUGUUUUUGGCAAUGAAUUAUUGAUAAGCUC